AUGCGAGCAUCGGUCCUCGUCCUCUUCGCAGUAGCAACGAUCGCCUCUGCGGGCCUUCUGGAUGACGGCGGCGAUGAUUACGGCGGAGGUGGUGGCGGUGGUUUUGGUGGCGGGGGCGGUUUCGGUGGCGGGGGCGGUUUCGGCGGCGGUGAUGGUGGCGGCGGAGGUGACAUCGGCGUAGCUUCCGUCUCGUACGUCAAGACACCCAUUGUGAGCGUAAAGUACGUCGCCAAGCCUGUGGUAAGUUACGUGGCCAAGCCGGUGGCCAGCGUGUCGCAUGCCCUGAAGCCCGUGGUGACGUACACGACAAUCUCGAGUGGCGGCGGAGGCUUCGGAGGCGGCGGCGGUGGCGGCUUCGGCGGCGGCGGUGGCGGAUACGGCGGAGGCGGAUACGGUGGCGGAUACGGUGGAGGCGGUGGCGGCCACGGAGGAGGAUGGCCAUGGUCGUAA